AAAAAAGGGGAAGAGGUGAUGGAUGCGGGCUGGUCCGAAUGCGGGGAGGCUCGCACGACGGCGGAUGAUUCGAAACGCAUCGUCGUCAUGCUUGUGGAAUGACCGGAAGGUGUCUCGAGAUGCCUUAAGAUGGCAGCAUGCUCCCGCACGUGCUCGCAAAGAGUUCCGCCUGAUGCCCUCUGCGUACAUCACAGGCGUUAAGAGGAGCAACCCAGCCUGUCGGAUCGUCGCUUUCAGCCGCCGAGACGCAGCCACCUGCAGCUGACGGUUCCGUGUCGGAAGGUCUGCUUGGCUUGGAUUCCAGCUGCGAGUCAAAUCCACAAGGAGAUCGUGAUGACAUCGGCACCCGUUCACCGGAUCCUACGACCGCUUCUUCUGGGCACCGUCAUCCUAGGAUGCUUCGUGACUCUCUUUCUGAUGUACUUUAAGCCGUCCACCGGCUGGCUGUCGGGUCCCGUGGAGUCCACCGCGCCCAGCGAGCGGGUCAAGGGCGUCUUCUACGCCAAGAACGACCGCAACGUGACCACGGUGCUCAUCUGGCUCUGGCCCUUCGGACAGACCUACGACCUCAACGUGUGCAGCUCCCUCUUCAACAUAGAAGGCUGCUUCGUCACGGCCGACCGGAACCUCUACAACAAGUCGGACGGAGUCCUCAUCCACCAUCGCGACAUCUGCUCCGACUUGUCCAACCUGCCGCCGCUCCAGCGUCCGUCCUUCCAGAAGUGGAUCUGGAUGAACCUGGAGUCGCCGUCGCACUCUUCCCAGCUGGCUGGCAUCGAGAACAUCUUCAACCUGACGCUCAACUACCGCCGCGACGCCGACAUCGAAGUGCCUUACGGCUCGGUGGUUUCCACCGGGGGUGAGGACGACUUUGUCCCGCCCAGCAAGAACAAGCUGAUCUGCUGGAUCGUGAGCAACUGGAACCAAGAGCACGUGCGGGUCAAGUACUACAACGAGCUGUACAAGCACAUCGAAGUGCACGCGUACGGCCAGGCGUUCGGCGAGUACAUCGCGGACCAGGACUACUUCCCCACCAUCGCCAGCUGCAAGUUCUACCUGGCCUUCGAGAACUCCAUCCACAAGGACUACAUCACCGAGAAGUUCUACAACCCGCUGGCCGUGGGCACCGUCCCCGUGGUGCUGGGCCCGUCGCGGCACAACUACGAGAACUUCGUCCAGGGGGACGCCUUCAUCCACGUGGACGACUUUGCGUCGCCUAAGGAUCUGGCCGACUACCUGCUGCUCCUGGACAAGAAUGAGGAGAUGUAUCUCAGAUACUUUGAGUGGCGGCGGCACUUUAAGGUGAAGAAGGCGCUGUUCUGGGCCGAGCACACCUGCCUGGCCUGCGACUACCUUCGCAGGCACAGGGAGUACAAGACGGUCAAAAACCUGGACAAGUGGUUCUGGGGCUGAGCCGCUUUUUGUCGCCGAUGAAGGCUUUGUGACUUUAACUCAUCAGCCUGGCCAAAUUCCUUCCCUGGAGCUUGCACAUUUUUGGUUUUUGCGUUUGAGUCAGUGACCAAUUGUAUUUGACGCGUGCCAAUUUUUCAGAAGCCUUAU